CACGCCGGAGCUCGGAGCCCCCCCCAGCCGAGCGCCUCCGCAGCCUCCGCCGGAGCUCCGCUACCGCCGCCGCCGCCUCGGAUCUGCGCCGCCGCGGCUCCUCCGGUCGCCGAGCGCACCCCCUUCUCCCCCUACCUCCCACCCUCCCCUCAUCCUCCGGCGUCUUGCAUGGGCCGCCGCCGCGCGUGCGGAUUCCCAGCGGACGUCUCGAUCGCGGGCGGUCGGUGAUGCUCUCGCGUCGAGGUUCGAGCGGGUGAUGCGGCCGGGACUGCGGUUCUAGCUGAGGCGAGAGCAAUCUAAGAGAGAGGGAGAGAGAGAGAGAGCGCGAGGGGCAUGGGAUCUGGGAACGGGUUUUAUUCGGUCGGGGAGUUCGAUUUGGAGGGGAAGUGGCUGAUCGAUCCCAAGCACCUGUUCAUCGGGCCGAAGAUCGGGGAAGGCGCGCACGCCAAGGUCUACGAGGGCAAGUAUAAGAACCAGACGGUUGCUGUGAAGAUUGUCCACAGGGGCGAUACGCCUGAAGAGGUUGCCAAGCGAGAGGCGAGGUUCGCGAGGGAGGUUGCCAUGUUGUCCAGAGUCCAGCACAAAAAUUUAGUCAAGUUUAUUGGAGCUUGUAAGGAUCCUGUCAUGGUUAUAGUCACUGAGCUCCUGCUGGGUGGAACGCUGCGAAAGUACUUGCGCAACAUGCGACCCAACUCCGUGGACAUGUGUGUGGCGGUUGGUUUUGCACUUGACAUUGCCCGCGCAAUGGAGUGCUUGCACUCGCAUGGGAUCAUACAUCGUGAUUUGAAACCCGAGAACUUGAUCUUAACUGCAGACCUCAAAACAGUUAAACUUGCGGAUUUUGGCUUAGCCAGAGAAGAGUCUCUGACAGAGAUGAUGACAGCUGAAACUGGAACAUAUCGAUGGAUGGCCCCAGAACUUUAUAGCACAGUCACACUGAGACAUGGAGAGAAGAAGCAUUACAAUAACAAGGUGGAUGCCUACAGCUUUGCAAUUGUAUUAUGGGAGCUGAUUCAUAACAAGCUUCCUUUCGAAGGCAUGUCUAAUCUCCAGGCAGCAUAUGCAGCUGCUUUUAAGAAUGUGCGGCCCAGCAUAGAUAACCUGCCAGAGGACCUAGCUUGUAUCGUAUCAUCAUGUUGGAAAGAGGAUCCAAAUGAUAGGCCCAGCUUUAGUCAGAUAAUUCAGAUGCUCCUUCGCUAUCUUUCAACUAUUUCCCCGCCGGAGCCAGUUAUUCCGCAGCGCAUUUUCGCCUCGAGAAAUUCUGUCUUACCUCCGGAGUCUCCAGGCACAAGCGCUCUAAUGGCUACAAGGGAGAACUCAGGCGACACCCCAUCAGGCGAGAUGGAGCCCAGGUCGAGGAGCUUCUUCUUCUGUUUUAACCAGUGUUACUGAUUCCCUGGAACGGUUAUAUAUACAUGAAGUUAUUCAUAUUCCUCUCUAGGUUAGAGCAAUAAAUCUUAGCCCCAAAGAGGUUUGUCUAGGUAAACAUCAGUUAAUUAGGAAGUCGCAGCUAUACCUGAUAUUUAUUGUAUGACACAGUAGCUGCUUCUAGAAUAUGACCUAGUUUGGUCCAAAUUGACAAAAAAGCAGAGGGUACUUGUAAUUUUGGAGGUAGGGGUUGCUGGGAUGUAUUUUGGCAUGUGUAAAAAAUAAGGUUACAUCCAAAGGCCUUUUCUCCUGUUCUGCUUUUAAUGACAGAAUAAUCUUCUAUUGAUA